CCGUCACAGAAUCCACACUGACAAAAGAGUACUAGAUUUCAAAUCGUGGACUAGGAAAUUUGAAUUUUCUGUAACAAGAGUACUAGAUUUGGAUUGUAUCGAGCGUAUCUCAUGGAAAACGAUCCAUUUCUCCGGCAGUACCAGCCGUCGGAGCUUAAGAUCGCUUCGGAGUUUCUGACGAAUUGGCUUCCUUUUUUAUCUAAAGAUCUAUGCAAGGAUUGUAAUCACCUUCUCUCCAAUCGAAUCCGUUCUCUUGACCCAGGUAACGAUUCUCAACUUUUUCUUAGAGGCGAGAGACUUUCUGGUUUCUAUGGAUAUUGAAAUUCUGUAUAGAAAGCGGAGAUUUUCUUCAUUAUUGUACUUGAUUCUGCUUUUUUGAUUGAUGUUCUGCUAAAUGAUAAGGUUACAAAAUUAGGGUUUGGUAAUUGGAACAAAUAGGAGGCGAGAGAGUAGCAACACAUUGUAGUAACAACACUGACAAAGUUGAUGGAGAGUGUAAAACUGGUUCUUGUUCAGUGGUGGAAAAUAUGGGAUCAGAAAGAGCUAGUAACAAUGUGGAUGAUAAUUAUGAUGAGAAGUCGGAAAAUGGCGAAGACUGUGAUAAUCAUUCGUUAGGUAGUUGGAAGGGAAGUGAAAUUGUAUUUGGUUCCUUUCCUGAAGAUUUUAGUAGUGUAUUGCAAUCUAGACCAGCUGUUGUUGAAACAGCAAGCCCUCGUAUGCGUUGGGCUGAUAUGGCACAAGAGGAUGAGUUCGAUGAGGAGGAGGAGGAGGAGGAAGAGGAGAGGGAUUCGAGUAGGAAAGGUUUUGAUGCGAGUUCGAUGAAGACUCCAGAGAAGCCUAAGUUGUCUAGAGAUCAGAGAGAGAAUCUCAGGCUGAUUAAUGUGAAGAGAAAGAAAGACUUUAUUUGCUUGGAGAGAGUUAAGGGAAAGAUUGUUAACGUGCUUGAUGGACUUGAGUUGCACACUGGUGUUUUUAGCGCAGUGGAGCAGAAACGGAUUGUUGAUCAAGUGUAUCAACUUCAAGAGAAGGGACGAAGAGGAGAACUUAAAAAGCGUACAUUUACUGCUCCACAUAAGUGGAUGAGAGGAAAAGGACGUGAGACUAUACAAUUUGGCUGUUGCUACAACUACGCUCCAGACAGAGCUGGAAACCCACCGGGUAUCCUUCAACGUGAAGAAGUGGAUCCACUACCUCAUCUUUUCAAAGUAAUCAUUAGAAAGUUGAUUAAAUGGCAUGUACUGCCUCCAACUUGUGUGCCCGAUAGCUGCAUUGUGAACAUCUAUGAUGAAGGUGACUGCAUACCUCCUCACAUCGACAACCACGACUUUCUCCGUCCCUUCUGUACCAUCUCUUUCCUCAGUGAAUGCGAUAUCCUCUUUGGCUCAAACCUGAAAGUUGAGGGUCCUGGUGACUUCUCGGGUUCAUACUCAAUACCGCUUCCUGUGGGAUCAGUUCUGGUGUUAAAUGGAAAUGGAGCUGAUGUAGCUAAGCACUGUGUACCUGCAGUUCCUACAAAAAGGAUAUCAAUUACAUUUAGGAAAAUGGAUGAGUCGAAACGCCCGGUUUGGUUCACCCCAGAGCCUGAUUUGCAAGGGAUUGAGCCAUUGCCAUUGGACCUGAACCGGUCUGGUUCUACUUCAAGGUUCUCAAGAUUAAACAACCAUAACGGUACUAACCAAAGAGGACAUGGACGUAGAGGAGGAGGCAAUGGUUAUGACUCAAGAGGUUACUAUAAUCCUGAGAGAAGCAGUGAACACAAUGACUCUGGAGACUGGCCAUCAAGCCAGAGAAGAGGAAUGCCACGUCCUAGUAGAAGAAACUACGGUUAAAUUCUUCAACUUCUGAAACUGAAAUUUAUAAGUUCUUUAUUUAAUUAACCAAUUUUCCAUAUAAAUAAUUAAUUUGUGCAACAUAUAUACAUAAGUCUUGAAUUUUUUUUCAAACAAUUAUUUAUGUCCGGGGUAUUUUUAUAUCCGUUUUUGAAUUUUUGACCGUAUUUGUAAUUAUGUAUAUCUUACACAGUUCGAUUUGUCAUUUGUGUGUUUAGUGUGAAUUGUUCUGUGGUUUGUUUCGCUUUACUUUUUUGUCAAAUUUUCCAACUGAUGUGACUAAAGAAUUUCGAUCUAC